UUCCGGUAUAUGUCACAACUCUCGGCAACUUCAAGUUGCGGUUUUAUUUGCUCAAAAGUUGUCGAAUUUAAGAUUAAGGCUACAGGUGGACCAAGAACUAAAGUUGUAAGGUUGUGAAGUAGAUGUUUAUUGCUGAAGUAGAAGAACGCUUAAGGAAAACAUCCAGAAUUAUCUUGAGGAUAUUUUUUCUUUAAUGUGAGCUGAACCUAGAAAAGAUAGAUUGUACGUACUCUUUUAUAAGUUGUCCAGAGAAAUCAUUAGUCAUACCCUCUUUUGUAUGAAGACACAUGACAAAGGUACCGUGACUGCACAUGUCAGGAAGAUCAAAAGGCUCAGGUCAUCGUAAUUUAACCAAAGGUCAGAGACUCGACGCCAUGGCUCGCAAGAAGGACGAGCGUGCAGUCCGGCAAGCGCACCAAAGAACUAAGAAAAUGGAGUCAUACCUUGCAGACGAUGAUAAUUUUGGCAGUUUUAAGAACCAGCUUGGGAAGCUUGGGUUGGAGUUGAGAGAUAUUCCAGGAGAUGGGAACUGUCUGUUUCGAGCUCUUGGGGACCAACUGGAAGGCCAUGCUCGCAACCACUAUAAACACAGACUGGACACCACAGAGUAUAUGAUACAGAACAAGCAAGACUUUGAACCUUUUGUGGAAGAUGAUGUUCCCUUUGAAAGACACAUUGCUCUACUGAAGAAGCAAGGCACAUACGCUGGAAAUGACGCUUUGGUGGCUUUUGCCCGACUCCAUGGAGUGAAUGUUGUGAUACAUCAGCUCAGUUCUCCCCUGUGGCAGGUUGUGAAGUAG